GCGCGGCCUCUGGCCCAUCGCAGAGGCGCUCGGCAGGGCCGGCAGGGCUUGGGCGGCAGCAUCUGGCCAGCGGCGGGUGGCGGGAAGGAGGUCUCCGGUCCCUCAGGAGAGGCUGCAGCGCGCCUUGGAGGGUCCGCUCCGCGAUCCGGUACCCUGUGCGCGCACUGGCGCGUGCGUACCACCGAGGCCCCAGGCGCUGAACCCCCGGCUCAGGAAAGGCAGGGCGGAGACCCGAGCGCCCAGCCCGUCGGGCUCCGGAGGCCCCCAGACCGCCCUGACUCCAUCUCCUCUGGUCGUCCUCAGGUGCCGAACUCGCCGGUGGUGGGCCGGGGCGUCUUCCGCUCAGCAGGCCGGGCCCAGUGCCGGAUCGCGCUGCGCCAUGCCUGCCGGCUGAGCGCAGCCGACUGCCGCCGCCGCGCUCCGGGCCGGCCGCAGGGCCUCGCCUUACCUCGGCGGGGGCUGCGCGCGCCCGGGCCGGGGUCCGGGCGGCCCACCAUGGUGCUGCCGUCCCCAGACCGGCGCCACGUGUGCCUGACGACGCUGGUGAUCAUGGGCAGCAUGGCCGUCAUGGACGCGUACCUGGUGGAGCAGAACCAGGGCCCGCGCAAGAUCGGCGUGUGCAUCAUCGUGCUGGUGGGCGACGUGUGCUUCCUGCUGGUGCUGCGCUACGUGGCAGUGUGGGUGGGCGCCGAGGUGCGCACGGCCAAGCGCGGCUACGCCAUGAUCCUCUGGUUCCUCUACAUCUUCGUUCUGGAGAUCAAGCUCUACUUCGUCUUCCAGAACUACAAGGCGGUGCGGCGCGGCGCGGCUGACCCGGUGGCGCGCAAAGCACUGACGCUGCUGCUGUCGGUGUGCGUGCCUGGCCUCUUCCUGCUGCUCGUGGCGCUGGACCGCAUGGAGUACGUGCGCACCUUCCGCAAGCGCGAGGACUUGCGCGGCCGCCUCUUUUGGGUGGCGCUCGACCUACUGGACCUGCUCGACAUGCAGGCUAACCUGUGGGAGCCGCCGCGCACCGGGCUGCCGCUGUGGGCCGAGGGCCUCACCUUCUUCUACUGUUACAUGCUGCUGCUGGUGCUGCCGUGCGUGGCGCUCAGCGAGGUCAGCAUGCAGGGCGAGCACAUCGCGCCGCAGAAGAUGAUGCUCUACCCGGUGCUCAGCUUGGCCACCGUCAAUGUGGUCGCCGUGCUCGCGCGCGCCGCCAACAUGGCGCUUUUCCGCGACAGCCGCGUCUCCGCCAUCUUCGUCGGCAAGAACGUGGUGGCGCUCGCCACCAAGGCCUGCACCUUCCUAGAGUACCGCCGCCAGGUGCGCGACUUCCCACCGCCGGCGCUCGCCCUUGAGCUACAGCCGCCCGCGCCGCAGCGCAAUUCAGUGCAGCUGCCCCCACCCCUGCACGGCCCUCCCGGGCGUCCCCACGGGCCCUCACCCACGCGGGACACUCUGGCCACGUGACAGGGGCCGCGGGGACCCGAGGGACGCCCCUGGGUGGGGGCGGCGCAGUUGGCCUGGGAUGGGGUGGGGACCGGCUCCCUGGGGCGUCUGUGGCGAGGGCCCUGCGUGGGACGGGGAGCGUCUCUUCAUCUCAGGAAUCCUUCGGGCCACGGACCUGCAGGCCCUGCCUGCCGCAGGGUUUGGGGAGCGGAGGCAGACGGCCCCUGCCCGCUGGGCCGUCUUGGAGGGCAGGGUGGGCACAGGUUAGGGUCCUCUGUGGAAGCCGCUGGCCCAGAAUUUGGGGCCAUGGAGGCCUCUGUCAUUUUAAAGACUCGUGUUUACAGUUUUGUAUUCCAA